CAAUCAAUAAUGGUGUGUUUGUGCCGGUCUGUUAUCUGUUUUCUAUUAGAAAAUAAUUAUUUUGGUGAUAGCUUCGGAAAAUAUUAAGUUACAGGUGUCAGUAAACUUAGUUCAACCAGUAAAGCUUGCGACAGCAAAAUGAGUGCAGACAAAUUGAGUUUUAUGUUAGAAAAUGGUCUCGAUUUGAGGGAGGUUGUAACUACUGGAUCGAUUCUACACAUCAACCAAGAAUUUGAUGUAGACGAUUUGAAAGCGGAAGAAAACAAUGAUGAUUUGGCACCACAAGUUGAUAUUCUUGGCCAGCCAGUGCCAAAUUUUGCUACAUUCUCGGAAAAUUUGGAGGCCAUUAAAGAAACUGAAUAUGUUAAAAAGAAAAUAAUUGUUGAAGGAGGCGGUCUACCUCUUCAUGAAGGUUGUACUGUGUUUAUUGCCUAUUCUGGUUAUUGGGAAAAUCAAGAGGAACCAUUUGAUGUAGUGCCAUUAAAAAAACCUAUGGAAGUGGACUUAAGCGACAAUGGCCUAUUACCAGGCCUGCAGUUUGCAAUAAAGACUAUGCUGGUUGGUGAAACAUCAGUUUUUCUAUGCUCAUACCAAGUAAUGUAUGGAGAAAUGGGAGUUCCACCGAGAAUCAAACCUAAGGCAGAUUGUGUAUUCUACAUCAAACUAAUUAAGAGUACUUUGACACCAAAACAAGGGAAACUUAACUUAUCCGAAUCAAAUAUGUUUCAACGGGUCAGUCAUGAAGUUAAAAUGUUAACUGUCUCAGGGACUUCAUUAUUUAAAUCAAAGAAUUACUAUGCAGCUAUACAAUUGUUUAAGAGGGCAGUCAAUAUGCUGCAUCGUUGUCGACUUGCAGACGAGAAGGAAGAAGCUGUUCAAGAAAACUUACUAAAAAAGUUAUAUAUAAACUUGGCUGUUUGUUAUAACAAGGCUAAUAAGCCUCUCCUUGCAUGCACCGCCUGUAACGAACUGAACAGACUAGGUAGCCUAUGGAAUAACCCUAAAGUACUGUUUCAAAAUGCCAAAUCUCUUAGAAUGAUUAAAAGUUAUCCCGAGGCACAGAUGAGACUUAAAAAAGCAAUGAAAUUGCAGCCAGGAAAUAAAGAGAUGGAGGAAGAAUAUGCCUUGCUAAUGAAACAAUGGCAGGAAAGUGAAGAAGCUAAGAAACGUGCCGAACUUGUCCUACCGCCUGCUACAAUAACUGAGGAAUUUAAACGAGAAGUCGAUGACCUAAUCAAAACCUUCAAGAGUAAUGAUGAAGAAAGCAAGAUAACAAUACCUGCAUGCUUCAAUUCUGAUGAGAUUGCUUAUUUCAAAGAAGUUUGCAUUCGAGAAAAUUUGUUUUUCAACAAACGUCUUAGCACUGACAGCAAAUAUAUGGAAAAUGCUGGGACCAGUGAAGCAUGCUCUGAGUCUAGUGAUUAUUUAUGUUUUACAAAACCAGAAACAAGUUAAUAUACUUAAUCAAAUAUUUAUAUUUACUCAUUUUGUUAGUCUUCUUUAGGUUAAGAGAACAUAAAACAAUUAUAUUUUUUUUACAUUACA